CCUGAAGACCACUGCCCUAGAAACCACCUAGCAACAGCCUAGCAACCAGCCCUUAGAUACCAUCAUGACACGACAUUUAGCAGCCUAAAAAAAGCACCUAGCAACCAGUGAGUACACGACUGCAGCCACCUAGCAACGCAGUACUGAACACUGAGCAGAGCUUAGCGACGCUGUGGUGUAUGUGUAGGGUGAGUGAGGUAUCUUCAGAGACAUGCCACGCCAGAGAAGAUCCCAGAGGAGAGAGACGAGUCCGGAGACGAGCAGCGGGUUGAAGCCACAGGCAGAGAAACGGAAGACGAGUCCCUACUUCAGCGGAAGGAAUGGAGCUCUCAGCGCCCCGAAGCGCAAGGCCUUCAGGAAGUGGACUCCGCCGCGCUCGCCCUUCAACCUGGUGCAGGAGACGCUGUUCCACCAGCCCUGGAAGCUUCUGGUGGCCACCAUCUUCCUGAACAAGACCAGCGGUACGCAGCAUUGCAUCGGUAAGAUGGCGAUCCCGGUGCUGUGGGAGUUCUUCGAGCGCUAUCCGAGCCCAGAGGUGACCCGGGCCAGUGACUGGAGACCUCUGUCUGACCUUCUGCAGCCGCUGGGUCUCAGCACGCUCCGAGCCAAAACACUCAUCCGCUUCUCCGAUGAGUAUCUGAGUAAAUCAUGGCGGUAUCCCAUCGAGCUCCAUGGCAUUGGAAAAUACGGGAACGAUUCCUACCGUAUCUUCUGCGUGGAGGAGUGGAGAGAGGUACAGUAACAGUACAAACACUACACUGCUUUACUGGAGUUCUGCUCGCUGCAUGUGAGU